ACAGAUAAGAGCACGUGGGACAGUUAUUAUUGCUCUGAUUAAUGUCGGCCCGACGCUUGCCUUGGCUCGAGUUGACCCGAAUCCUGUGCUUUUUUUGCUUAUUUCGCAGCAAUUACACAAUUUCUUCCAGAAUCCUUUGGCACAUACGGCCGUGUAACGAAUCUUUGUGAUGACCACGCCCUCUUGUGUUCACAUUCCUCUGUAACGUCGUCGACGACGCGACAGAUCGAUCCGGAGUCGGAGAUUUCUGCUAAAUUUUCAAGUAAAUCAAGAGCACUGUACGUAUGAAUACAUUAAUUUCAUACUAGUUGAUGAUAGAUAAUCAAGCUUUAAAGAGAAUGUACCCACUUUAGGGACUGGAAUGGACAAGUCUGCAAGAAAAAAAUAACACCAUGGCAACUGGAGUAUCUUGUAUUAAGCUGUAAGCUGUAGAGGGCAGAGAUAUCACACCAUGGGUCAAGAAGUACCACUUCUCAAUGAAUACAAGCAGGAUUUCUUCUGGAAGAGGCUCCCGCAAACCCUUCUCGGUGGUCCCAAGCUCAAGCUUGGUUUCCCUGCACCAGCCUACGUCUACAUCAACCAAGUCACGCUAUUCCUCCUGCCAUGGCUCCUGGGAGGCUUGUUCACCAUCCUGGUGGAGUUCAAUGUCCUGGAGGCAUACAUCGCUUACUAUGUCUACGGGGGCUCCAUGGUGAUAUACGUGCUAGCUGCACAGCUGAUUAGCCUGAUCGUCCAGCGAAGGGCAGACACGGUGGCCGCUUUUCAGAACACGAAUGUCCUUGCUGAAGAAGACGAAGUUGAGUUUGAUUCCUGCUGUGGGUACGAGACAUUCCAGUACAUUGUGCCUCUGAAGCGAUGGAAGACCAACAUACUCCUGCAUGCACUGGUAUCAGGGUUGAUGGGCGGGCUGGGAUUCUGGUACCUUCUGCCUUCUGUUCUGAAUCCCCUUUUUAAUAAUGUUGGAGCCACGGUUGUGCUCUUCAUAUUUGGAUGGUUAACAAUCUGCAUAGCACAGUAUCCUUUGAGCACAGGGUCACCUCCAGAACCUGCAUCAUUUAGAGCUAUUGAUACCCUGGAAUUGCUUCCACUGUUGAGACCUUGCUAUGUCCUUAUCUGCUUGUUUGUUCAUCUUGCUUGGAGCUUUGACACAUCUGCACUCCUCCUGUCCAACCAAAUUCUCCACGUUGUCUUCAUCUUUCUACCUGUGCUAUGGUGUUUGGGUAUCUUGCCUCCCAUUGAUGCUCUUGUUCUAUGGCUCAUGGAGCAGACCCUGGUCCAUUUCCUUGGAGGAUCACCCAUGGCUGGAGACCUCAGGUGCUGCCUCAUGUUCGUGAUCUCUGUCAUCAUCUCCGUGAUUGCUAAUUUCAUCCCGACCCCUCUUGCAAUUAUCGUCUUCUCUGCAUGCCUAGGAUACAUUCUAUCCCUCGACCUCAGUAUCCUGGCCAAUCAGGUAAUGGCUUUCAUCAAGCGAUGUAUCCAAAAACCAACCAAUCACAGCCCAUCACAUAAGAGGAAAUGCAGCCCUGAACAAGAUGCUCUCGAAGCCGACACCGAAUUAAAUGACGCAGGGCUGGGAUGGAGGUUUGGAUGGCGAGAACUACUAAUCAACACCUGUAUGGUGACAGUCGUAGGAGCUGUCUCAGGAGUCUGCGUGCAUUUCAGUUCCUCAGUAGCGCCUUCUGUUGUCAGAGGUCUUGGCUAUGCUGUCAUAUCAUUAAUGAUGCUAGUGAAGAUCAUGGGCAGCUGCCAGCAAGUGUUCAUAUUUUGGGGAAUGUUUAGAAACAAACUCUACCCAGACUCGAUCACCAGCACACAGAAAUACAGCAGCAGGAAAAGAAAACUGUACAGACUUGGCUUGAUAAAGAGAUUCCUAGUUGAUUUGAUUUGUCCUUUUAUCAUGGAAGCAUACCUUGGACUCAUAUUGGUCUAUACUGGGCUUUCAUUACCAUCUGUCUGGUUUGCAGUUGGAGCCGUUUAUUCAUUACGCAGGAUAUGGCAGCAUACAAGGAGCUCUUUAUUGGAUGUGUCUAUCCUUCACGUACUGCUUGAGCUGCGCCUGUACGGUGGACUGACUUAUGUUUCCUGGUGGCCUACCGACUUUGGUCUUCAGCUGAUCCUAAUUGGUUUUCUACACUCUUGGAUCUGUCAAAGCCUGCACAAGGUCUACUGUUACCUGACCAUCCUCAUCACGUCCUACACCAUCGAGAAGCAACGGAGGAAGUCGUCCCUCCCGCUUAUCGUCAUCUCCAUCAUUCUCUUUCCAAUUGUCUUGGCAACCAUAAUGGCUUCCAGUAUCAUGUCGGCCCCUGUAUUACCCCUCUUUACCCUGCCGAUCUUGCUCAUUGGGUUCCCGAGACCACUUAGGUCAUGGCCUGGGGCGGUUGGUGCAGCUGCCAAUGUCUGUGCAGAUACUGUAUAUUACAAGCAGCUGGAGAGAAGCCUUAAAGGAGUGCUCAGGAGAGCAGUGGCCACAGGCAGUUUGGGUGAGAUCUCACCUGGAUCAUUCCUCCUACUGCGGUUCCAGGAUCGCAUGGCGUGGCUUCAGGUCUUAGAAUGUGGUUAUGGCUUCAUGACCAUCAGUCUGAAGGGAAUGGAACUGCAGGAGACCUCAUGUCACACAGUGGAGGCAGCCCGUCUGGACGACAUCUUUGAGGUAGCUUUCACUCAUCCGAAGGAGAAGUUCCCAGUGUGUUCCCUCAACCAGUUCCCCAUGCACACCUUGACUCCAGUGGAUGCGCAGCCUGUGGACACCUACUCAGAUGCUAGAAAUGUUUUGACUGGUAUCAUAGACUCCCCAUAUACUUUAGAGAUGGUUGAUUCUUGUUUUAUCAAAACCCUUGUGUGGUUGCUUCUGAGACAUAAUUGUGCCAAAAGAAAAGACCUACCCACUCCCUCAUCAACUAAUUCAGAUUUCAAUGCGGGUAAUAUUAAUGGAAGAGGAAGUGUGAGUAGUAGAACAAGACUUGUGCAGACAAACAGAAUCGUCAGUGUCAGUGAAGACAGUGGACGAGCUGAGUCAAUACAGUCUAAACCUAUGAGCAGUCAGGCCAAUAAGCAUGGUCAGACAAAGAGGAAGUCUUUAGUAGGUUCUUGGCAUAGCCUCGAUAGUUGGGAUGAUGAUCCUCUAGAGCUUGAAGUAAUGAACGCCAAACCCAAAUUAAAUUCAAGUGCAAAUAAGAAGGAAGCUCAGGUACUCAAGGAACCUGCUGGCCUCCCUGGUGCAAUCUCAGACAUUUCAGAUGAUGAAGUGGAUGGAGUCGAUGAUCUUCUGAAUGAAUUUGAAUUUGGUUUGCCUGCAGUGGACAUCCAUGCUCCUAAGAAGACAACCCCUGCAACCAAGAACAGUCCUUUUGCCCAAAGAAAGAUAAAUCUGAACACAUCUGCUCAGUUCUCGUCUCCUCACUCGUCAAAGUUAAGCUUACCCCUUAAAUGGCGGGAGAUCCCCCUCGACCAGAGCCUCCUAGCCCCUCUCCUGCAGAAGUUCCCACUUGAGUGGUACAAGCAUGUCAUCGGUCAACUCGGAAUCGAGUCCAACAAGUCUCCUGGGGACACUACAACAGAGAUAUCAUCAGAUGAAGCCCUGACUACCAUGUAUGCCAAUCUGGUCAUGGCUUGCUAUGGCAUCGUCAAUGUUUUUGGACUGGGAGGAGUGUCUGCAGUAGCGGCCGGAGCUAGUCAUGUCUACAAGGUGUAUUCAGGUGAUAUCCCGUGGUCCAUGAACCAGGAGUGGCUGACAUCUGAUGAAGAACUCCAUGAAAUCGUGUUGCAGGCAUACAGGUUUGCUUUCAAGUUGGCUUAUGACCAGACUGUCCUUGGUGAAGCCUCAGACCUUGAUGAAAUCGUUGAAUACCUUCAGGAGUAUGAGAGCGAGUGGUACAUGGGAAGAGAUACUGAUGCAGAAUGGGUAGAAGCUGUCCGGAACAAUAAACCAAGGCUCUUCUCACUCAUCUAUGAUGCCAAUGAAAACACUUACAAUGGACGUGUUCUCUCCAGACAGCCUGUAGUGGUUCACAUUGGAAAGCUCAACUCUGAGAUGGUUCGUUCACUUUGGUCUUCACUCUCCUUGGAACUCUUCUACUUCACCAACGAUGACGAGGAGAGAUACAGCAUCCAAGCACAUCCUGUCAUCCUCAGGAACCUGACCGUCCAAGCUGCCGAUCCACCCCUAGGAUACCCGAUCUAUGCCUCGGAGCCCCUCUCUAUUCCCACAUGGUAGGCCUUUCAUUGCUUGCUUUAGAACUCUUCUGAUCUUCCAACAAUUAUGAGAAGGGAUACAGCAUCCAGGCACAUCCCAUCAUCCUCGGAAACCUGACUGUCCAAGCUGCAGAUCCCCGAUCUAUGCCUCAGAACCUCUCUCUGUCCCCACAUGGUAGGCCUGUCAGUAUUUACUUUCAGUCCUCCAUCAUCAUCUCAAGGGAGAGAUAAAAGUUACAGACUUAAAAAAAUAAAAGAUACUUCUUGAGUCUGUUGCAAGAAGGAAUUGAAAUCAAAUGCAACUUGGAAGAAUGAGCAAAGUUUCCAAAUGAGCAUUUUUGAUAAAUUGAAAUUCAAUUUGCAUUUGAUUCUUUUACUUUUUUAGAAUUGCAACUCAUUUUGUAAUGUCUCCCUGUUCCAGAAAGUUGAUCCUCUUCUUGGCUUUCUGGUAAUGCCUCCAAGUAAUGAUAAAUGGUUUUUUUUUAAGUGGCUUUUUUAGAUAAUUGAAGCACUGUUCAAUGCACAUAAUCAAAUUGUGGAGUCAGACUAAUGAUAUAUCCUUGAAUGAUCAUAGAAUAAAAUGUUGAUGAGGUUAUCAUUUCAGCUGUUUAAUUAUGUUUAACAAUCAUGUAUUUCAUAUAAUAUAUAUUAAGAAACUACAUAAAUUUAUGUGAAGAUUUAGUUCCUUAUUUACAAUCAGGACAUUAUUUUGUAUAUUUUAUCUAUUUUGCUCUUAAAAGAAUGUGUCGCUCAAUGUGAAGAGUAUACUGAGCUAUUUGCAUGCAUGUUUUAAUUUUUUUGUCAUAAACUACAUUUCAAUGUUUGAUAUGUUUGGUUUAUGCAAACAUCAGAAAAAUUAAAUGUUAGAGGGAAAGAAACUGUAAAAUGGACAUGGUACUGUUUCUAUAUACGUCUAUGCCAUGAUAUUAAUUCUUAUCUACAAUAUGUUUUGUGGCUGAUUGAAUGCUUUGUAAUCCUCGAUACAUGCAUGAAUGCAUUUUUUUUUUUGGAGGGGUAAUUUCACAGAAAUUAAGUUUAUUAAUGAAUAUCUGUCGCUGAGAUCGGGGGGGGGGGGGUGUCUUAGGAGAUCUUAAGACUAAACUCGUUGGACAAACAAGGGCUCCUUUUUUACAUCUUUCAAUUCUAUUCCAGUGUGUGCAAAUAUCAGUGCAAUUCUUACAAACCAUGACCUUGUUGAAUUUGUAGUAUUAUUUUGAAAUUGCAUUCUUACAUGUAGUGGCAUAUUCAUUUUGAUUUCCAUUACUCUUUCUAUUCCGUCCUCAGAUUUUAAUGUAAAGAUUGCAUACUAAAAUCAGAUGAAUGCGUAAGUUUAGAAACUUUAUUCAGAGUAUGGUUGGUAACUUUUCCAGGCUAGAAUCCAUAUGGGUCACAAAAUGAUAUUUAACUCUGGAGAAAUUUAAAAUACUAUCAUAAGAGGAAAAUAAUAAAUUAUUCACAUUUUUUGAUAUGGUUAAAAACUGCAUGAGGGACUUAUGCAAAGCUGUGUGUUCUAUGCAUUAUUCCAUCCUGCCACUCUACAUUGUAUAGCGAAACAUGUUGACGUUUUUUGCAGGGGGGGGGGGGGUCAUUUUAUUAUUACUUGAAUAAAGAAGAAAAAAAAGGAUACUCGAGUCUUGGGGGAUUUUACAUUCAGUACUUCAGUAUCAAAGAGUGAUAGAUUUUUUUAUAUUUCUUUAGGUUUAGGCAUUUUUUUUUUUUACAGUGAAUAGUGUGCGAGAUUAGGCAUUUAGUUGAGAAUCCUACAAUGUUGAGAUGCUCUACCAAAAAUAUAAUGGAUGAUCCAUCUUUUUGAUGUUACAUUGCAUGACAUAGGCUCAUGUCAUGAAGCUUAGCAAUAGUUCAGAGUUAAUGGGAUAUACUACGACAAAUAAAAUUCUGGGUAUUAGAGGCAAGCAACUUUCUUUUGUAAGGUGGCCAAAAAUGCGGGCUACUCAAAAUUCCCUUCAAAAGUUAGAGAAAAUUUUUAAAAAGUUUUGUGGACAAACUUGUGUUGGACUUUUUUUAGACUUCAAGGGAGCUAUUUGGUCUGCAAGCAGUUCAUCUACUUCGCAGAUAGUCUAAGACACCGUUCUCACUACCUUCUUAAAACUAGUUUAGUGGAAACUAGUUUAACGUGUAAUGAGAACGGUCAAAGCGAUCUUCCAAACCGGUUCAUAUAAAACCACCUCGCGAUGUAGUUUUCAAGAUCGCUUUGCCUUGUUAAACUGGUUUUAGCGUGAGGACACAAGCGAUCUUUGCACAUAUUGAGCGCGCUACCCCACACACUGUGUGUAGAAUGCCUACGCUGCGGUUUAGAAUUUCGCGUGAAACGCGUCACCCAACUGACAGCGUUCCCAUAGCAACAAGAUCGCUUUACGUGAAGUGAUUUUGAAAACCACUUUCGGGUGAUCAAAUGGGAACGCUAGCAAAGCGAUCUUCCAAACUGGUUUCCUGAACCGGUUUGCAGGAAACUAGUUUUAGAAAGUGUAGUGAGAACGGGGUCUAAUACCUCAUGGGUGUAACUCCUGAUUGACAUUUGAUCUACUCUACACUUGGUCCAAUACCCACUCUUAAUUCUUAUUCAACUAAAUACUCACAUGGUCUAAUUUCCACUUUGCUAAUAAUUUUACAAGUUUUCAAAUGAAAAUUCAGUUCAUAAAUAGUUCAUCUAAACUUGUAGACCAAAUGAUGUUGGACCCAAUUUAGACUACAGACCCAGUCAGCAAUCUUUGAGCAUAGUUUACACUCGAUUUUACACUCGAGCAAGAACAAAGGAAAUGGUCCAGUGAAUCUAUUGUUCUAUUGUUCUGGCUUGGUCACUCUAUUGUUCUGGACCCGAGUGUAAACUAUGCUCAAAGAUUGCUGACUGCCACUGUAUAUGGGUAUCGCGUUUCUAGCAAUUAGACAAAGUGGUAAAUGAGAUAAAUGUUAAAUGGUAAGCAAACUAUUUUUAGAUGAAUUAGGAUUAGAUCAUGUGGGAAGAGUUCGAACUCAGAGUAGACAAAGCAGAUAUAGACCAAGUGACAAUUCAUGUCACAAUAUCAGGGUCCCGUUUCAUAAAGACUUGUUAUGAUGACAAAUGAACAAUCGGCCAAUCAGAUUGAAGGAUUACAGUAGCUUUUAACUGUUAUUGCAAAUUUGUUACUAUAACAAGUUUUAUGAACUGGACCCAUGAACACUGAAUAAUGCUAGCUUGUCAUAUAUCUAUUUUGUCUUAUAUAUAGUAUUGUGAAAAUGUAAAUAAAAAAAGAACUAUCAUCUCAGAUCACACUAAUCACCUUGAUAUUCAUAGUAUUUUGUAUUUAAAGGAAAAUUAUUGAAGAUAUUUGUAUAUAUUCAUUUUAUUAAAAUGUCUGAUUAAAUAUGA